CGCUUGCGAAGACGCUCGGACGCUGCCAAACCAUUCGAUCACAGCAGAUCCAGUGCAAAAUGUCUCAAUUCUUUAAAACUGUCCUGCAAUCUGAAUCUAGUGGCAGCUCACAGCCACAACUAGAUUCCGCUUUGCAUCGAUCGCUCACUUAUCCACAGCGAUAUCUCCAGGAGUACUCGAUUGAUCUCGAAAAGCUAGCAGAUCUGGGGUUCUACUAUGUUGAAGAGAACAAUCAUGUAUAUUUGCGAUGCAAUUUUUGCGAAUUCAGGAUCAAUCCCAAGGAAUACCCAACCCUUUUUUCGUGUGGUAUUAACUUCUGUGACAAACAUGCAAGUUUUAAUUGCAAAAUUGAAGCUGAUGACUCAAAAAAUGUGCCUUUGAGAAAUUUCGACAGAAAUCUGAAUUUCAACUUUGAGACCCACCGCCUGUUUUCGAUUCUAUUCAGUGAUGAUCCCCUGCCGGUUACCGACCCUUCCGCACUGGCAAAGAGCGGAUUUUAUUACAACGGAGAGAACAGAACCGUCAAGUGUGCCUUUUGUAGCUUGCAGGUACCCGCGAUUCAACUGGGUGGAGAGAACACGGACGAAGAGCACAAGCGUUGGAGACCGAAUUGCCCUUUAAUGUCUUCUAAACAAAGUGUUCAUAACUUCGCAAUCGGAUCGGAGCCGACUGACGAGCAGCGCAGAGGCAGAAUGCCUCAUGGUGCGAAUCGUUUUUACGAUGGACUGGAAAAAUAUGGACGACAUAUUUAUCCCGUAAGGACCACCGACUCUUCCUUUGUAAAACCUCAAGACUUGAACAUCUGCGAUUGGACCUCGCCUUUGAGCCAGCAAUACGCAAAUAAGGGCAGCCGGAUCAUUUCUUUCGAGUUUUGGCCGAAAUGCUACAAUCAAACUCCAAUUGCGAUGGCUCGCGCUGGUUUCUUUUACACCGGAGUCGGAGAUCGAGCCAUUUGCUUCCACUGCAAUUUGGGUCUGAAAGACUGGCACCCGAACGACGACCCUUUCGUCCUGCACUGUCGAUGGAAUCCGAGCUGUCUGCAUUUGACGAUGCUCCACGGCUCAAGCUAUGUGAAGCAAGUGCUCAACUCCAACCAAAAUACGAGAAUCGAACAGCGCGCGCCUCAAGUUGGACAAGGCAAUAUUUUUUGUCUCAAGUGCGGGGUUCACAAUGUAUCCAAAGUAAACUUGCCGUGUGGCCACCUGACAUUGUGUAGAAAUUGUUUUGGAACAGUUUGCACUACUUGCAGGCAGGAAAUAAAAUUUGUCAUUGUAGUUCUAGGCUUGUCUGACAAUUAGAUCUUCUUCAAUCUCAAUGAAACGGGUCUCAGAUUAUAUUUUAUGAUUAUUUAUUAUCACAAUUAGCCAUAAUUACAUUAAUUUGUCACAUUCAAAAUCAAAAUCAUGCGAGAGAAGGCGACACUUAGGCAGCAAACAAGAAAGGAAAAGACUCUGUAUUUUUGCAUUUUCAACAGUUUACAUCACAAAAACCUUCUGUUGUAUUGAUUUCUUAAAUCAGGAUUAUUUUUCUAGGAAUUUCAGGAUUUUCGAACAUUGUAACAGUUGUCAAAUUUCAUCCUGUGGACUGUGGCUUUCCCGUAUUUUAGUAAUCCUGACUGAUGCUUUUAAUUUGUUUUAUUUUAAAGAACGUGAAAGCUAUUGUGUAAAUUUUUUUCUUGAAAUACAUUAUACGUACCUUACACCUGAAAAAAAGUCCAAAAAAUUAGCUGUAAUAUGAUAUUUUGAGUGUCAAAAAAGAAAACAAGAAUUGUGUAUAUUUUUCAUUUGUUUUUACUGUUUUUUCCAACAUUUAUACAGAAAUGUCCAGCUCAACUAUUUUCGGCCGCUGGUUGCAGCUUUGUCCCGUCUGGAGGCUCAGGACAGCACCGAGGAAGCCUGUGCAUUUAAAAUCAAACUGUAGAAAUGUUUCAUCGGCAUCUAUUUACAAAUUUUGUAAAUCGUAAAUUCAUCACUUAUUUUCAUGUUGGAGUAUUAUUUGUUCUUAUUAUAAAUUGGUAUUAUUGAUCAAUCUGACCGGAACUAAAGUAUAUUAUUGUAGUUCCUUAUUAUUCAUUAAAAUGUGUGUCAAUUAUUGUUGA